GAGGGCUUCACUUAACUCCCCUUGUUCCGUGUGGUCGGAGCCAGUUACAUUUGCUUGCUGUUUUGUGGCUUUACUUCUACGCUGACUUUACUCAUUUGGGAAAAUCAUUCGGUAUUUUCACAUUUGCAAGAGAAAGUAGUGACUGAGAGACAAGGUCAGUUUCAUUUUAGCCAUGUCAAACUGCUCAGCAGUCCCCACAGCUUUACCGCAGUGGGACGGGGGCUCUAGGAAAAUUCGUUUCAUUUACUUGGUAAGUUUAACAUCGUUCAGGCUGAAGAAAUGCCCCAGCCAGGGUUCAGUGAUUCCACUUUAUUUGGGAGCUGACAUCCUCUCUAACACUGACAUCCGGAUAGAGAACCAUCCUAGGUACCAUGCCAAGUUUGCCAAGAGAGGACUUGCCACAAAGAUAAACUUUUCAUCAGCAUUCAGGUUCCAAGGCUUAAAGGUGCCUGCUGCAAAUAACAGCCUGUGGUUUUACAGUGUCCAAGGACUUUUUCGAGUAGCCUUUGAAAUGUACAAUAAGCAAGAUCAGCUUGCAGUGCUAGAUAACUUCCAAGACAUUUGGAAAUCACAGAUGAGUGAUGAUCCACUGAACACAACUUAUAGCCUCAGUGUGCAGCUUGACUUUCCCCAUGAGUCUGAUUCAAAAUCAACGAGGGAAUCGCAGCAAAACUGUAAGGUUGAUAGUAAAAUGAUGGAUUCAUGUGUCAGUGAAACAACUGAUAGAUCAGAAGAUCACGAUUAUUGCUCUUAUUCGAAGCAAAGCCUACCAACUGAGCAAAACCAACGAAUUGUAUCCAUGGUAAGAGAAAAGCUGAACAGAUUGGAUGACCAGCUCUCCUCUCAGCCUCAAAGAUGUACGGAACGACUAAAGACUAUCUUGAUGCUUUUGGAGAACAUUGAUCAUUACAUGAAUGGUAAUCUAGAAGAAAAGGAUGCAGCUGAAACGGUGUUAGCCCUGUUAAAGGCUGAAGAUUGGGCAAAAGACUGUGUGUAUACUAGUUACCUUCUUACGUGCAUAGGGCGUUGGCUUGGCCAGAAGUUUUACGCAGCCAAUAGCAGCAUCAGCCAGAGAGUGGAAGACUUUAAACUUCAGCAUAUAGAGCGAAUAAGUGACUUGCCACCAGCGGAGGAACUGGCAACUGAACUAUUCCCUGAAGCCAUGCAAGCACUGCUGCUUAAUUGGAUGGGCCUUUGUGAGGAGUCAACCCUAGAAAAGAGACGCAGCGAGUACCCCAUUCUGCUCCUUAUACUGGAGUUUGCAAACCAUAACCUUAUCACUGGUGUAGCGCAUGUGCUGUACUCAAGUCUGAUAUGUAAAUGAGUUGAUUUCCUUUCAGGUAACAAUAGGUGCUUUUUCAUUAGAUUAAACCAGCCAGACAGGGACCUUUUAAAGCACCACUAUGUAACUUUUCCACCUUAAUAUCAUAUUUCCAGAGUCAUUGUGAUGGUACAUCCACUUCCAACAGGUUUAAUGAACCUCUGUCAUGGUCUGAGGGGUCUGUAUCGCCUUCACUGGCACUAUGUAACUUUGAGGAGCAUGGUAGGAACCCUUCCACACU